AUGCCUGCCAAUGUUUCACUGACAAAUGGUCUCCCAUGUGCGGACUCAAAACCUUUGUUUAAACCGUUCAGUCGCCCCCGUCCCAAUGGUUGCGUCUCGUCACGUGGUGGUCAAUCGCAUUCCCAGUUUGCGCUGGGUGCGGUCCGUGCCCUGCGGUGAGCGUAAUGCUGUGGCGUACACAAACUUGAUAUUGUGAAAAAAUCUGUUUAACCGUCAUCCGACGUUUGGUACGGUCCCAUCAGUUGCAAAAUACGAAGAUUUUGCGGGAAAUGUUGCGCGUUAGUGAAGUCAAGUGUUUUCUAGUGCGUGCAGUACUGGAGCCGGAAAAUGUGACGUGAACAACCUCAGGGUAGUCUUGAGAACAGCAGAGGCGAGGCAACUUCUAAGGAUCCCAAGGCUAGUCCCCUGUCGGCACAAUCCGCCCAACAGUGCCUUCGCUUGACCGGCGCAGGUUGUGCCCUGUCGUUUAAUCACAUCACUAGCCGCGCACGAACCCGCAAAUCUGUGCUGCUAGUGCAUGACCAGACGGUCUAAUAGUGUUACCAAGGGCGGAAGCAUCUUACGUUGAUUACCGGGGAACUUCAAAACACUGAACGACGAAAUCUCGAGAUAUAUUACAUGUGGAAGUAUGCCUUCAUUUUUCAUGUACCAGUCGUCAAAAUGCUCCACGAUUGCUUCGUUUUGGAUACUCGGACUAUAGCAUGUACGCUGUCGCCCUGAUCAGUGGGCCUCCUGUUAUCAUGUAGUACCGGAGGCUCCAACGGCUGCACAGGAUGGCUCUCAUUAACACGAGAAGACCUAAACAUGUGCAAGGCUUGACGAAUGCGCCAUAAGAAAGUGGAAGCGCAAUCUUGUAAAAACCAAACCAAGUGAUGGGUUUUUUGAGUUAUACGAUAACAAUCAAAACGAGACCCUCGUGAACUAACUGCCGAUCGUUCAACGAACACAGGCAGCCGACGAAUGGAGGUUCUAUCACGCCGUCACUGGUCUCUGGUUUUGACGUUUCACCUAAUCACUGCUGAUGUUUUGUUAGCCAAAAAAGGGACGCAGCCGCGAACCUCACCGAAGGAUACCGAACCAAAGACGGUGGCCCGGAUUAGUGAAGGCUUACGGGAUCGAUUAGAUAAGGUCUGACACGGACUGUGAUAAAGGUUCUCGCCGAAAAUUUCUCCAAAAUAGGGAUACUUUUUGUAACGUUCGUCACAGCCAAUAUUUAAUUUUUUCUACUGAAAACUCGUCAGUUAUGUUUUUCGGCUAUUAAUUAUGUUAACUUAAUAAAAUAGACGUCCUUUAUGGCGCUGUUAAAUUGUUCAUUAUCCUUUAACUUUCUACGUGAUUUCCUUGUGUAGGAUAAGUUAAUGGGUAUGUAUCCUUUGUUCAGGUUCGUCUUGGUUGUUGCGCGUAGGUGCCAUUUCGGCAUUCCUUGACUUUCCGAUUACAUCCAGUCCAUAUACCGAUAGACGGCUUUUAUCUCUCCGCGUUGCAAUUAAUUGCGAGAGCUAGCCCGCCAAUUGCCAGGCAUAUGCAUCAGCCUGACUUGGGAAUGUGAGACUCCGCGUUGAAGCCAUCGGCAUCACCCAGUCAGCGUAACGCCACAUUUCACUCGCCUGAUCUUGCUGAAGUGUUAUCAUCACACCGACUUCCGCCGUUAGGAAGAGUUAGCUCGACACUUAACGAGAUCGAAAUUCUAGCUGGCCCUUAAUUCAGUUGCUCCCCGUGCGAACAUAAAGUAACUUCCGUCUAGAUUUUCGAUAAUUUACGUUUAGUCUGUUUCUACUGAGAAAAUGAUCUAUUUAUGUUGGCCCGUCAGGACGUGGCCCCAACUUUCGAUCUUCCGGCUUAUCGCGCUCGUGCACAGAGGACGGGUAGAAUGAACUGAUGUCGCAAGCACUUGUUGUAUAAAAAAGACGUCUAUCGUCCUCAUGUACCCCGUUGCGUUUUUUUCUGUUUAAUCAGUCUUACGGACACUGUCUGAACCGGUACUGUCGGAAUUAUGCAGCAAUAUUGGUCAUAUUAGAAUACGUUGACCAUAAGAUUUGAAGGGGUCAAGAAAGUCGAUUCUUCUGCAGAACUGUGCAUCACGAACUACUUAUUUUCAUGUACACUUGUUUGCAUCCCAUUCCAGCCCUGGAUACUUGUACUUGUAUUUGGUAUGGUUGUGUUCAUAGCCGUGUCGCAGUCUGAUGGCGGAUCUCUUCUCCGGCGACAGACACCAAGUACCCAAUGUCCAAAAACCACCUCCAUGUCUUGAUGGGUGGUGUUGAACCAGUUUUUGACUCCGAGAUAGUCCGCGCUCGCUGCGACAACAUCGCGAGGAUAACUCGGGCCAUCCAAGAAAGACGACUGAGGUGGUUCGGGCAUGUUCUUCGUCGCCCACCUCAGGAGGUCCGUGUUACUGCCCUCGAUCCGGCACCGUUGCCCCAUUGGAGGCGUCGAAGAGGGGGUCAGUUCAAAACCUGGCUCGACACUGCCCGUCAAGACAUGGAGGUGGUUCUUGGACCUUCGGUAUUCGGUCUCCGUCGUUGGCGAAGGGAAUGGGUUGAGCUGUCUAGAUCUGCUGCCGCGGAUCGUCACGCGUGGAGAGGUACAAUUCGGGACAUCAUCGAGGCCGGCUAGAUCAGGCAUGAUCGCAGCCGUAUCAAGUACAAGUAAGUACAAGUUCGACACCUCAAGGCGGGCGACGGAGUCGGAUAUAAAACAGACGUACUAAACGCAUGGGAGGAGGGACGAAGAAUGUAGGGAAGCCAUCCCGCUUCCUUUUGAAUGUCUGAUAUAUUCUCGUGAUGUCCUCUGAGUUCGGACUGCCUACGUUGAAACGAAGUCGGUAUACCUCUAAGGAUGGUUCUCAGACAACGGUGACCAGAUCUUUAGUUUUCGUUUGCUUUUCACAGUCUGGUAAUCACAACCGCACAGGAAAGCCGGCUGGGUGCAUUUUCGGUGCACGCAGAAUUUUGUAACAAUUAUGUUAUCGCGAUAGGCCAACCUACUCAUUCAAGUGCUGACGAAAUCGCUGUGAGCAGCAUGAUGUCAUGAUGUCCAUUUCCAGUCCGUUCGGUCACGGCUUCGCUCCGACGUACUUGGAAGUGGCAACUUCUUGAGGCUGACGGACUUUUAUUUCGAAGGGCGCCUUCUAGUCAAACAAUUCUGUCUUAGCCGGAGCCAAGUGGGUGAGGGAGGGUGCGGCUGAUGCCGCACAAGUCCUUGUCCUGCGCCCAACACGCGGUAGACAUCGUUCGAGACUCUAGCCGUCUGUCAAACAGUUCUUGAGCACCUUAGCCUCCCCAGGGUUGGUGAGUAGGCUUAUUGAUCUAACGACUCUAUUCACCCGCGGCAUCAGAGUAGUUAGGAUCAGUCGGUCGGUGUUCUUGUGCAAGUUGAACGCCGUCAAGACCGUACAGAACCCUCAUAAGUGAUGAAAGGCAAUGCUAAGACGAAUGUGGAAUCGGUUCACUCCUCCAUUUUUGGGUUUGGUGACUGCAAUGGUCGCGUUUUUUCGUCUUUAAUCACCACCUACUCCACAGUCCUUACCAAGCGAAGGACAGGAGGUUCUUAACGUACGAUAGUGCUUGAUCGCAUCCAUGACGUGUGUGCUGCUGUUCCAUCUCCUAGCUUCCAUCUGGCAGUUGCUGACGGGACUGCAGACAUGGUUAAACGGAGGGUUCGCCGUGCUCGUCUUGGUAGGCCCCGCUUUUGUAUGGCUUAACUGUAGAAAAAAACUAGAGAAAGAGGAGCGCAAAUAUGACCAAGGGGAUUCGAAAUCAUCCCCCAUGCUCUCACUAAAACGUCAGUUUAAACGUGAUAAGCGCAAGGACAGGAAGGCCAAACUGAAGGAAGGAAAGUUGAAUUUCAAGCAGAUUUGUCAAGACUUCGUCAAGGCGGACCAACCAGAGAAGCCAUCAUUGCAGCUUCCACAGUCACUGCCAAUGGCGAGGGUUUCUGAAGCAACUUUGGCUUAUGUCAGCAGCUUUGUGAAUACGUGAGCUGUCUGUUCUCUGAUUUCCUCCUAGGCUCCUAGAUAUUUUUGAGAAUCAGGCUUCCUUGCAUCGAGUACGUGAAGUGUAUUGCGAUGAGGUCACGGUCACGUUCCAAGCUGCACCUUACAUUUUGAAGAAGGCAAUUACCAGCGACCUGCCUAACCGACAGACGCGAAAGCAUUACACUCGUGAUGACAUGCUGAUGUACCUACUAGUUUCAUCCAGUCUCCUCAAAGGCUCGUGGCCGUUACCGUCGUGGGCAUGGGCUGUCGACUGUCAGACCGGUGAAAAAAACUUGGACAAAAAACGCAGGAAGGAGCUACGUUCACUCCAGAAGUUCCAGUCGGAGAAUGAAGGACGAAUUAAAAAGUCCAUCCGGAAGAGAAGAUUUACUUCAAUCAGUGAAUUUCAAGGCACCCACUCCACCCAAUUUUUUGCUGCUAACCCAUGGGAGAUUCAACAACUGUACGCACGGAUCCCCCGGCUCAUAGCAAUACGUGAUGACUCGACCACUACCAUCGACAUUGUUGAGUCCAGUGUAAGUUAUUCUGACCGUCUUCUCACUCCUUGAAGCCGUACGCCGUGUUCUUUAGGUUGAAAACACUUGCCCUGGAAAUACCGUUACCCAUGCCCAAUAAGGUAACCCAGAUCCCCCAGGUACCGCAUGUUCGUUGGGUUCACCGGGCAAUAAUUCUUCGGCCUCCACCUGUUGACAAAAUAUGCCACGAGGACGUUUGCGUCAUCCCCGUUUCAGAAACAGAACAAGAGGUAUGUUUUGCGUCCCCUUUAUUUCAACUGAUAUCUUUAGUAG